AUGCGCCCUCCCAUCCGUUCCAUCAAUGGACGAAACUAAAAUGCUUGGACUUGCCUUGUUAGCGACAGAACCUCAGAUAUAUAAGGAGCAGACGGGGGAGGUCUCAGUCGCUGUGAAAGCCAUACACCCCUCACCUGCGCGCACACACACAUAUACACCCCCACACGCCUCCACCUCCAGCACCGUCCCCAUCAUUCCUGCGCACAUCCUCUAAGGUAGUCUGACCGGAUGAGUUACCCGGUGGACACGAUAGGAAGUCCCUUCAGGAGCGUUAUGGAUACUAGAACGUCAAGCUACGGCUACAGCCGCUCCAGCGGCACCCCCUCCAGCGGCUUUCGCUCCCAGUCGUGGUCCCGGGCAAGUCCCGGCUCCACCAUGACCCCAUCUUACAAGAGGAGCGUGAAUGUACCGGUAUCCAGAGCAUACAGCUCUGCAGUGCUCAGCUCCGCCGACAGCGUUGAUUAUAGUCCAACUUCAAUCCUUAACGGUGACUACAAGCGAUCUAACGAGAAAGAGCAACUUCAAGGGCUUAAUGACCGGUUUGCUGUUUACAUUGACAAGGUGCACUACCUGGAGCAGCAGAACAAGCAGAUCGAGGAUGAGAUCCAGGCACUGCGUCAGAAGCAGGUGUCGCGCUCCCAGCUGGACGACGUCUACGGCCAAGAGCUACAGGAGCUGCGCUCCGUACUGGAGCAAAUCCACCAUGACAAGGCGCAAAUCCAGCUUGACACUGACCACAUCGAUGAGGACAUCCAGCGGCUCAGGGACCGCUUUGAGGAAGAAGCUCGAAUCCGAGAGGAGACAGAAGCCAUAAUCCGCGUCCUGAAGAAGGACACGAGCGACUCUGAGCUGCUGAAGUCCGAGUUGGAGAAGAAAGUUCAGUCUCUGCAGGAUGAAAUCGCCUUCAUCCGCAACAACCACGAGGAAGAGGUGAGCGACCUCAUCGCCCAGAUUCAGGCGUCUCAGGUGACCGUGGAAAGGAAAGACCUCCAGAAGGCAGACAUCACCGAAGCUCUUCGGGAGAUCCGCUGUGAGCUGGAGGGUCACUCCAACCAAAACCUGCAGCAGGUAGAGAACUGGUUCAUGUGCCGCUACACCAAGCUCACCGAGGCUGCAGAGCAGAAUAAGGACGCCAUAAAGUCCGCCCGGGAUGAGAUAGCUGACUACCGCCGCCAGCUGCAGUCUAAGACGGUGGAACUGGAGUCCGUCCGCGGGACAAGGGACUCACUGGAGAGGCAGCUGAAUGAUAUCGAGGACCGCCACAACAGCGACCUGGCCAGCUUGCAGGAGACAAUCCACCAGCUGGAUAAUGAGCUCAAGAGCACCAAGUGGGAGAUGGCUCGUCACCUUCGUGAGUAUCAGGACCUGCUGAAUGUCAAGAUGGCCUUGGAUAUUGAGAUUGCUGCAUACAGGAAACUCUUGGAGGGUGAGGAGACUCACUUCAGCACUUUCCCUUAUCGUCAGCCCGUGACCUCAACCAAAUUCUCUAAACCUAAAUCAGAGGUUUCCAAGCUUAAAGUGCAGCACAAGUUUGUGGAGGAGAUCAUCGAGGAGACAAGGGUAGAGGAUGACAAGGCUGACAUUGAUGAGACCCUGGCUGAGAUAGCACAAGACCUGUCUGCCUCCCCAGGAGAAGAAGGAGAGGAGGAAGAAGGAGAAGAGGGUGGUGAGGGAGAGGAAGAAGAGGGGGAAGAGGGAAAAGGAGAUGAAGGAGGAGAGGAAGAGGAAGUCGUAGCUGCCACUGAAGCCAAAGUUAGUGCUAGUGCACCUAAGGAUGAUGAGGAAGAUGAAAAGGACAAUGAUGAGGGUGAGGAGGGGGAAGGAAAAGGUGGGGAGGAGGGAGAGAAGGAAGAAGAAGGGGAGGCAGAGGAUGAAGGAGAUAAAGGGGGUGAUGCAGAGGGAGGUGAUGAAGAGGGUGAAGAAGGAGGAGAGGAGGAGGAAGUUGAGGAGACAGUGUUGAGCUCCAAAGCUCCAGAGUCUGAGGCCUCUCCUGAAAAAGAGAAGGCUGGGGACAAGGAGGGCAGCGGAGGAGAAGAGGAGGCUGGUGCUGAAGAGGAGGGUGGUGAUCAAGAUGAAGAUGCUGGCAGUGAGAAAGCAUCCAAAAGUGGAGAUGAGAAAGAGGAGAAAGAUGAUUCAGAUAAGGGCAAAAAGGAAGAUGAGAAAAAGGUAAAAGAUGACAAAUCAGACAAACCUGUCACUAAGUCAGAAGCUUCAAAAACAGAAGCUAAAAAGCCUGAAACCAGCAAAGAAGAGGCUCCCAAAACAGAGGGAUCGAAGCCCAGUUCCCCCAAAUCUGGAUCCCCAAAGCCUGCUUCCCCCAAGUCUGAAUCCCCUAAACCUGAGUCUCCUAAAGCUGAAUCUCCCAAGUCUGCUUCUCCAAAGUCUGAGUCUCCCAAAGAAGGCUCACCUAAGGCUGGAUCCCCCAAACCUAGCUCUCCCAAAGCUGAGUCCCCAAAGAGUGAAACCACCAAGGCUGAAGCUCCUAAAGAAGACAAAUCAGAGAAGAAGAGUGACUCAACAGAAGAGAAGAAGGUAGAAAAGAAGGAUGUUGCCAUGAACGGUGAUGUAGACAAGAGCAGCCCAGAGGAAAAAGAGAAGAAAGAAGAGGGGAAAGAUGAUGUGAUCGCUAACGGUGUAGACGAGAGUCCCGUGAAGGAAGAUGGCAGCCAGAAAGUGGUGAUCACCAAGACUGUGGAGACAAUCACCACUGGAGAAGACGGGUCCAAGCACGUCACCAAGUCCAUAACUGUGACAGAAACAGUGAAGGAGAUGGAAGAGAUGAUGCAGGAGAAGCUGGUCUCCAGCAAGAAGACAGAGAAGCACUCCACUCAGUCCAUCAAGCAGGUGACAGAGGGUGACUGAGCAGACCCCAGGCGGCUGGCAAAAGAGAUGGGGAGAGGAGAAGGGGGGCCAAGAGGAGAAAACAUGAAGCAAUCAACCCAAAACUUACGUAACAAAGAAAAUCAUACAGCUAGAGCGAUGUAAUAAAGACAACCACUCUCAAAACAAACCAUAGAGAAGGCUAAACUAAACGCUACAAAGUUCAAACAUGCAUGUUGAGUGAAAGCUUUAAACGGGCUUCGCUGCAGAUGCAGCCAGGAGCAAGCGACUGAGACAUUUUAUCCUGUCUUUCUUUCUUUCUGCUGUUCACGGGGUAGCUCAGGGGUGGGAGGGAGGGGGUCUCUGCAUGCUAGCUCAGAGGAGAGGAUUACUUUCCUUUCUGUUAUGUAUGUUUGAUAGGAAUACACUGUAUGAAGAGUAAAUGUGUAAAAGGAAUAUAUGGGUGGGUGGAAGAGUGAAAGAACUAUUCUUAAUGUUGAAAAGAUUUUUGAGUUAAAGGGGAAGGGGGGUCAGACAGGAGGGAGGAUCCUUGAUGCAGAAGUGCACUCUACUGAAGAAGCCUUACUUGAUGUGAAGAUACCAUCUGAGCCAAAAAAGCAACCAACAAUAAAUACAAAGCAUACGGUGAAGAAAGAGACAGAGGAAAGCAUUAAAAAUGGUAACCAUAUACAUCCCGUAACUGAAGCGGUUACAGCUUAACAAACCUGAAGAAACUCCUAGCCUUAAACAUGCUUUUUACCAGUGUCUGUUAUGUUUACCUGAGUGCAACUAAAUAAAAUAUCUCUGUAAAUGCAUAGAUACAUGCAUUCUUGUAUGCAUAGGAUGGACUUGAAUUUAAUAACAGAAAUAAAUGAGGUGCUACUGUUUGCAGUCCCAUGACUUUACUCAUCAUGAACAAUUUCCCAGCAGCAUUUGCUCAAUAAAUGUCACAAUGAAGUUAAAAACA